CCCUCCUCUUCCUCCUCCUCCUCCACUCACUCCUUGUUGAAUCCAAUCGUCCUCAAUGCGUCUACGGAUUUCCCUCCAGUCGGUCUCAAAGGCCUUAUCGACUGCAUCGACUGGCCAAGCAAGAGCGCCGUUCCCGAUUGCUGUCCAGGAACUCGCGUCCUUCCUGCGCGACAACAGCCCUAACAUCGCUGUCCUUACCGGCGCCGGUGUAUCAACGGACUCGGCCAUCCCAGACUACCGCGGACAGAACGGGACCUACACCCUCAACCCAGACUACAAACCCGUCUUCUACCAGGCAUUCGUCGCUUCGGAUGAGGCCAGACAUCGCUACUGGGCCCGAUCCUUCCUUGGGUUCCCUCCUGUCCUGACAACCGAUCCCAAUCCAACCCACUAUGCCCUCGCUGCCUUCCAAUCGCCAUCCCAAGCACAAUUGCAAUCGUUAGCAUCAUCUACAGCUUCAUCGUCACCAUUAUUGGAUUCAUCACCAACUCAGGGACCGGCUUCACCUCAAUCGAAUUCAUAUAUCAGGACUCUAAUCACACAGAAUGUCGACGGACUGCAUCAAAAGGCCGGAACCAAGGAUGUUAUCGAGCUUCACGGGUCCUUGUAUCGCGUCAAGUGCAUGGCCUGUGGCCAUGAGAAGGAUCGCGCAGAAUUUCAGCGCAUUCUGGCUGAUCUUAACCCAGACUGGAACGACCUGAUCCAGUCCCAGACCGCCACCAAUCUCUACGCAAGAAUGAACGCCGACGGAGAUGUUGAGAUCAACACUCCAGACCAACAAAAGCUGCUCUCCAGCUAUUCAUCCUCCCACAAACUCGACUACCGGACCUUUCAAUAUCCGACCUGCUCUUGCUGCAGAACCGGCGACUACAAGCCCAGUGUCGUCUUUUUUGGCGAAAAUGUGCCCGCCGACGUCAGGAAUCGGUCGCUCCAGACCAUUCAGGGAGCAAAUGGUCUCCUCGUUAUUGGCUCUUCUCUGGCAACCUUUUCUGCCUAUCGAUUAGUCAAAUUAGCCAAGGACACAGGUAUCCCCAUAGCCAUGAUCAACCUCGGCCAGUCGCGAGGUGACUCGCUUGCGGAUUUGCGCUAUGACGAAUCGAGUACGCAGUUAUUGAAGGCAGUCGCGCAUGAGCUAGGUUUGGGAGAGAUCCAGGGCGCAAUAAAGCGCCGCAAGCGCACCUUAAAUGUUGUCGGAUCCUGACAACUACACAUUCUACACUGCACAUAUGCAUGGCUCAUAUAUGAGAGAUGCUGCCUUCUGCCUCCUUAUGUUCAUAUGCAUUCGUGGUCACGUCCUCUUCAUCGGAAGGCAUUGAUAAUACAGCGUGAUAGAUGUAUGCG